AUGGCCCCAUUCAGACAGGAUAGUAUUUUGAUAAUAUAUCCAAGAUCACAAACCACUCUCGUCCAGUUCGGUUUGAACGAAGAAACGUUUGCUGUGCCUGAAUUGGAAAUUCCCACACAAAUUUAUCGUAGCACGAAACAGGAUGGUUCCUAUGAAUAUCAUUCAACCAACAAAGAUGAUACAGCCGAGUUAAUCAAGCCCAUACAGAAUGGUUCUAUAAUAGACAUAAACGCAUUUUUGCAAUUCUUAAGACUAAUAUAUGUGUCCCUUUUGUCUGAUAGAGCCAAUAAAGGCCAAGACGCAUUUGAGGCUGAGUUAUCCAAUAUACCACUUUUACUAAUUACUCACCAUUCUUGGUCACAAUCUGAUCUAGAGUCAAUUACCCAAUAUAUAUUUGAGAGUCUCGAGAUAAACAACUUGAUUCAAUUGCCUGCAUCUCUGGCGGCCACCUAUUCCAUGAUUUCGUUGCAGAAUUGUUGUAUUAUCGACGUUGGAACAUACCAUACUGAUAUCAUUCCCAUCGUCGAUUAUGCACAAUUGGACAAUCUUGUGUCGUCACUACCAGUGGGUGGACAAUCUAUCAAUGAAUCUCUGAAAAAAUUGCUACCACAAUGGGAUGAGGACCAGAUAGAAUCUUUAAAAAAAUCUCCAAUUUUUGAGGUGUUGAGUGAUGAUGCCAAAAAACUAUCAAAUUUUGAUUUUGGAAAUGACAAUGAGGACGAUGAAGAAACUUUGAACGUUGCUGAAAUCAUAACAAGCGGCCGUGAUACACGUGAAGUCCUAGAGGAAAGAGAACGGAGCCAAAAGACUAAAAGUGUCAAAAAUAGCGAUUUGGAAUUCAACACAUUUUGGGAUAAAAACGGCAAUGAAAUUAAAGUUGGUAAGCAAAGAUUUCAAGGUUGCAAUAACUUACUCAAGGGUAUUUCUAAUCGUGUAGGAUUGACUCUAGAUAAGAUUGACGAUAUUAACAAAGCCAGGGCUGUUUGGGAAAAUAUCAUUAUUGUCGGCGGUACUACGUCAAUUCCAGGGUUUAAAGAAGCUUUGUUAGGGCAACUAUUGAAGGACCAUUUAAUUUUAGAACCAGAGGAAGAAAAGCUGAAAAGAGAGGAAAAAGCUAGAUCUGUGCUACCUGCUACAACGAAAAAGAAAAGCAAGUUUAUGGCAAGCUCUACUGCGUUUAUCCCAAGCAUAGAAUAUGUGCAGUGUCCUACAAUAAUUAAACUAGCUAAAUAUCCGGACUAUUUUCCUGAGUGGAAAAAGAGUGGAUAUUCUGAAAUUAUAUUUUUGGGCGCUCAAAUUGUUUCUAAACAAAUCUUUACACAUCCAAAGGAUACAUUUUAUAUUACAAGAGAAAAGUAUGAUAUGAAAGGCCCAGCUACUCUUUGGGACGUGCAAUUUUAA